CUUAAAACGCGCUAGAGCCUCGUGUUUGUGUACAGGUCAACUGCUUCGUGUUUUGUGGAAUCACCAUGGCUAAAAGAAGCAAAUCUCAGCUCACGGCAGACGCAGCUCUUGCCGAAGACUACGACAGCGACGAGGAAGUGUUCGAGGGAGCCAAGCGUGCUUCUGCGGACGUGAUGGCCUCGCGGCCUAUUGCCAAGUUGAAGCCGCGGCUCAAGGCUGUGAACGGCUCUAAGCCGGAGCCCAAAGUUGGCGGAGCUUUUGGUUUCCUCGGGGCCUCCGCCACGGAACAAUCUAGUAAACCAGCCAAUACGGUUGCAUUCUCAAAGCCCACCGAGGAGGUUAUCAACGACCAGCCUACACAGUUUAAAUCCUUGAAUGCUCUGUUUUUGGAGGCCGUCAACAACGCUAUUCAGAAGAACCCUAUUGCAGACUUGCGUCCCAUUUUGUCCAAGUACAAUGAGUAUUACGACAAGGUGGUGAAUAAUAAAAUUGCAGUGAAAAAGGCAGAGGUGCCGAAAGUGGACGUGAAGGUCGGCGAGGUGAAGAACCCGCAGUUCAGUUUUGGUGAUAACAAGCCUGCGGAAGCCGAGGAAGAGGAGGAAAAGCCGGUGGAAAUAAAAGGACCAGCGUUCAAGCUUGACACGCUGCCUAAAUCAAAGAACUACGGAUUCAAGUUCGGCCAGGCUCCGCCUCCGGACUCGGAUUCGGAUGAUGACGUCAAGAUAGAAGGCCCAAAGUUCCAACUUCCUGGAGGCACACAGAUCAAAGAUGAUGUGUUCAAGCUGCCGACGAAAGAGGAGAAGGAUAAAAAGGAGGAUAAGCCAGCGUUUACUUUUGGCCAGACGCAGACCAAAGAGACUCCUAAGUUUUCGUUUGGUCAGACAGCUGCUCCGGCGUUCUCGUUUGGCAGCCAGCCAGAGCCAGCUGAAAAACAGGAAAAGCAGGAAAGUUCAAAGACACCAGCAGCGGCACCAGCAGCAACACCAGCAUUCUCGUUCAGCAUGCCAAAGGAGACCAAAGAAGAGCAGAAGCCGCACCAAAAACCGGACCAAAAACCGGAUCAAAAACCAACAUUUUCGUUUGGCUCUUCUGCCUUCUCCGAGCCGGCCAAGCCUGCUUUCUCAUUCUCCGCCCCUUCGAAUGGGUUCAACUUCUCGUCGCAGCCCGCACAAACGCCUGCCGUGUCCAAUCCGUUCAAUUUUGCAUCCAAGUCGCAGGACACUGCUCCUGCUAGCUCUACGUUCAACUUCAACUUUUCUGCGCCGAAACCAGAAGAAUCCAAGGACGAAGCUGCCAACGACGACGACGAGGUGCAGAACGAAGACGUCAAGGGUGACUUUGCCGUUGUCAAGCUGACACAGAAGGUGGACACGAAAACCGGCGAGGAAAACGAGACGGUUUUGUACACGAAAAAAUCCAAGGUGCUCAGGUUUGACGCGGCUGACAAGGCGGAUCCGUACAAGUCGAUCGGGCUGGGCGAGCUCAAGGUGCUAAAGAACACAGACACGGGCAAGUCGCGGAUUCUGGUGCGGUCCGAGGGCAGCAUGAACGUGCUGCUGAACGUGGCUAUUUUGAAGGACGUCAAGUACGAGCUGAUUGGAAAGGGCAACUCGAUGCGGAUCCCAACGUUUUUGCCCGACGGCAAGCUCGAGACGUAUAUCGCGCGCGUCAAGACGGCCGAAGACGGCAAGAACCUGCUUGAAAAAGUGCAAAGCUGCCAGUGACGUUUGUAGAAUAUGUACGUAUAUUACAUAAUAUAGGAAGGUAUCAUUGUG